ACACAACAGCUCGCAGAAAGUACAAUUGCAAGAGGCCCGGCCCUCGUCCUCGUCAAAGGAUCACUGCCUUCCCUUCGUAAGACAAUAGAUGGUGCAAGCACAGCAGCCGAAGUAUGUGGCCAGGCCUCUCGAGAGCCCUAGCAUAGGGCGCAUCAUCAUCGCCAACCGUGCAGAGAUUGCUUCGCGCGUCGUUCGGACUUGCAAGCUGCUGAGCAUCACUUCUAUUGCUAUCUACUCCAAGCAAGAUGCCAGGAGCAGCUACUGGCGAGAAGCGGAUGAAAGCUACUACAUUGGCGAUCUGGAGAAGGACGGCAACGCUUACAUCAAUCCCCGGAAGCUUGUCGAGAUUGCCUUGGAGAUGAAAGCUGAUGGUGUGCACCCAGGAUAUGGUUACCUCUCUGAAAAUGCUGCAUUCGCAAACAUGGUCGAGGAAGCUGGGCUCAUCUGGAUUGGGCCCAAAGGCGAGACAAUCGAUAUCCUCGGUGACAAAGCUGCAUGCAAGCAGUUUCUGCGCGAAAGGGCUGGUGGUCGUGUUCCACUCAUUCCUGGCAUGGUCUCUCGGUCUCAAGACCCAGAAAUGCUGCGUAAGGAGGCCUCUGGUAUCGGCUACCCUGUGCUCCUUAAGGCCAGUGCAGGUGGCGGCGGCAAAGGCAUGCGCAUUGUCGAGUCUGACGCCGAUUUCGACAGUGCUCUUUCCAUGGCCAAAUCUGAGGCAAAGCGUUCCUUUGGCUCAGACGAUAUGCUUCUCGAGAAGUACAUCGCCCAAGGUAAGCACGUCGAGGUGCAGAUGUUUGGCGACUCGCACGGUAACUGUCGCAUCUUUGGCGACAGAGAAUGCUCUGUUCAAAGACGACACCAAAAAGUCAUUGAGGAAGCACCUGCUAUCGUCUCUGAUGCACUGAAGAACACCAUGCAAACAGCUGCUCGUGAGAUCGCCCGGGCCACAAAUUACAGAGGAGCAGGUACUGUCGAGUUCAUCGUCGAUGUGCUCGACCAAAAGGCCUACUUUUUGGAGGUCAAUACGCGCAUUCAGGUAGAGCACAGCAUCACCGAGGAAGUCUACGGCAUCGACCUUGUCGCUCUUCAAAUCUUUGUUGCCACAGGAGGAGCGCUCACAGAUAUCCCUGAAAUGCAACUCCAAGGUCACGCUAUCGAGAUGCGGCUUUACGCCGAGGAUCCGUACGAGAACUUCCUCCCACAGAAGGGCCUCGUCACGCUGUUUCGAGAAUCAAAAAUCCCUGCUCGAUACGAGUCUAGUGUGCAGACGGGUGAUGCGGUGACCAUCAAUUUCGACCCCAUGAUUUGCAAGGUCAUUGUAUGGGCAGGUGAUCGGCGACAGUGCAUCCUCAAAUCUGGCCAAGUGCUCGGCUCGACAGUCUGCCUCGGUUUGCAAACCAACCAAGCCUUCAUGAUUAAGUGCAUGGAGCAAGCUGCAUUCCGUGACUCAUCCUACACGACUGGGUUCAUUGCUGAGCAUCUGGCCGCGCUGACCAAACGUGCAGACGAACGCACAGGUGCUAUUGCGUCGAGUGUCUUGCUUCGAGCGCUUCGUCCAGCACCAAGGGAAGCGGCUCGCUUGACGACUAACCCUCCCGAACUCAUCAUCGGUCCUACCAAGGGUCGUUACUGUAUCAGCAAGCCAAGCAGUCGCACUGCCACGAGAGACAAUUACUCACUCCAAUCCUGGGUCGUGCAGGAUGUUGAGCCCGACACCAGCAAGGCAUUGAAUGUCGAGGGCGCUAAACUUGUUCAGGCCUUCUACGGCAGCAUGAAGGCUCGGCAUGAUGAACAGACCUGUCAUGUCCUGGUCUCUGACUUGCAUCAUGCACCAAUGCAAUACGAUCCCAGUGUACGCGUUGUGUCUGCCCGUAUCACGCUGCAAAACAAGGCCACCUUGUACUUGGCUACAGUCAGGACAACAAACGGCGUCACGCAUGUGCAUCUCGACGGCUUCGGCAGCUUCCAGCGACGAUCUGCCUUGGUAGGCUUCGGCGAACUUGACUCUCGCGCGAGUGGCGUGCGGGGCGCGACUGGUUCCGGCUAUGCAGCGCCGAUGCCUUGCAAGAUUGUGCGCAUCGAAUGCAAGAAUGGGCAGGCGGUCAAAGCAGGCCAAGGCUUGCUCGUCAUUGAGUCAAUGAAGACGGAAGUCAGAAUCCUCGCGAGAGAGGAUGGUAUCGCGACAAUUCUAGUCAAGGAAGGUGACUUGAUUGAGGAGGGUAUUCAAUUGGCAGAUGUCAAGAAGGAGUAAGGAUAGAAAGCGCUCAGUAGGUUUGACAAUUUUCAUAUCACUAUUGCCGAAGUAUUCAGCAGCGGAAGCACGUCCAGAGCAGUUGACCUUUGAGAGGCUUUCCUUGCUGGGAAACAGUUCCCUAUCCUAGAUGACACUAUCAUCUCCUUCAUAUUCUACUGUUAUCUACUUA